AUGAAGUAGAAUCUAAUAACUAUUAUAGGUGGCAACGGAUACAUAGGAAGGAGCAUUGCUAAGCAUGCUAUUAAUAGAGGAUUUAAUGUUAACUGUAUUAGUAGAAGUGGAUAAGUUAAAGAUGGUAGUGGAUAAAGUCACUGGGAUAAAAAAAUCAAUCAUAUCAAAGGAGAUGCAUUGAAGCCAUAAGAAUUUAAAGAUAUUCUAAUACAUAGCGAUAAAAUAAUUCAUAGUGUUGGAAUUUUAAGAGCUUAGUCUGAUGAAUAAUAUGUUUAAUUAAAUAGAGAUAGUGCUGUUUCAAUUGCAAAAUAUGUUGAUGAGUUAUCUUAGUAGGAUAAUUUAGCCAGAAAAUUUUUAAUGAUUAGCUCUUCUCAUUAUCCUCCAUUCAUGAAGAGAUAUUUGGAAACUAAAGAAGAAGCUGAAUAGAUAAUAAAAAAUGAAACUAAACUCAACUAUGUCAUAUUAAAACCAGGAUUUAUUUACAGUGCUAAAGAAAGGUGGUGGAGCUCUCCUCUUAAGGGGCCAGUAGAUUUAGCCUUUAAUAUAUUUGGAGGAAAAUAGUGCAGUAAUAACAUUGUAAAAUUUGAAUCAUCUAUUUCACUAAAUGAAGUCUGUUUAGCUGCUUUAUACGCUCUUGAAAGUGAAGAAAUCACAAAAGCUAGUCUUUUCAAUAAUGACAUUUCAAAAUAUGCCUAAAUGUAUAAAGAAAAACACAAUAUUAUAUUUACUGUUUGA